GAAAAUAAAGUUGCCGACUGUGUAAGAAAAACUCAGAGAUUAUUAGAAAAGGCACGUGGUGAAUAAGUGGCGUUGAAGCCAGCUCAACACUGGGCCCGUCAUCUUACUCCAUCAACAACAAAAAUGGCUGAAUUCGAACCCAGAUUCCCAGAACUUGAUAACCUUAUUCAAUUAUCAGCGAAAGAGAUAGAGAGAGAAAGGGAGAGAGAGAGAGAGAGAGACCAUGUCUGAAGGUGGUAUGUAUUCAUCACCUUAUUCGAUUAUCAGCGAAGCAGCUGGAGUUGCAGGCAAUCUAUGUGCUUUCGUGUUGUUCGUUUCGCCUAUUCCCACGUUUAAGAGAAUAGUCAGAAACAAAUCAACAGAGCAAUUUUCAGGGUUGCCUUAUAUCUAUGCCCUCUUGAACUGCUUGAUAUGCCUCUGGUACGGCUCGCCCGUUGUCUCUACCGGCUUACUCUUGAUAGCAACCGUGAACUCAAUCGGGGCCGUUUUUCAGUUGGUUUACAUUGUCAUAUUCGUCGUGUAUGCUGACCACGGGAGACGGCUGAAGAUGGUGGCAUUGUUGUUGGGAGUCUUUGGUGUGUUUGCUGUCAUUGUCUCUGUUAGCUUAUGCGUUUUUGAGCCGCCUAACCGGCAACUCUUUGUUGGUUACUUAUCGGUGUUUUCCCUCAUAUCUAUGUUCGCUUCUCCACUAUUCAUCAUUAAUCUGGUGAUCCGGACAAAAAGCGUGGAGUACAUGCCGUAUUAUCUGUCUCUUGCUACAUUCUUGAUGAGUGUUGCUUUCUUCGCGUAUGGAAUGCUCAAACACGACUCCUUCGUCUCUAUUCCUAAUGGGAUUGGAGCAGUUCUUGGGAUUACUCAGCUGGUGCUCUACUUCCAUUACAGCAGAAGUAAUGCAGAAGUGUCGAGAGCGCCCUUGCUCGAGCCAUACGCGGCCUAGGCUGAUGCUCGUUGCGAAGAGCUAAGAAACUGGCCACAAAUCUUGAUGCCACUUGUUCAAUAUUUCAUCGAUUCUUUAGCCCAUUUGUGUACAUUGGUGUGAUGUGAGGAGGCUCUUGUUUGUGAUGGAGGAAAUGCGAAAUCGCAAAUGCUGUUGUUGUUCAUCAAUCAUGGUUGAUGCCUUUUUGUUGAUGUUUCGUGCUGUUUCUGCCAUUUAUUAUUUUAUACAUAAAUUAUUUGAUGCAAUCUGUAUAGAUAAGAAUUGAGAAAUGGAAAAAACACUAUCUCUUAUCUUUAGGUCUUUAAUACAAGUGAUUAUUAUUGUAAAAUAUCUUUAAAUUAUUAUUC